CCGGAUUAGAGGCCUGAUUACUGAGGACACAUUUUGGUUGGUUGCAAUUAAAAUGCUUGUCAGGCAUUCGAUACCAGGAAUCCUUUUGACAGGCUGCUUAAGCUGAGAGGCGAGCGCAGCAUCCCAUUGUAAGUGGAUGAUGGCGGAGUUGGCUGCCUUGCCAUCUUUCUGGAAAAUUCGGUGGCCGGCAAGCUCCCUCUGUGCCUGUCGCUCGGCCUCGUUUCCUUUUCACCGCUGUGGGGACUUUCUCUAAUUUGCAGUUUCCUUCUUCCCCGGCACAUUUACGGAAGCUGCGAGCUGGUGGCUAGCAGACUGUGUCUGCCUGGAGGUAGACAGUGAGCUCAUGAAGAUUAACACUGCUUUGGGAGAAUGAGUAUGCUGCAGUUACUUAAGGAUAUGCCUUUGUGGUAUUGCAGCAACAGCGCUGAUCCUCCAGCCGAUUCUUUCUAGUGUGAGAUACUGGUCGGGUUUGACUGGGUUGCAGACAAAAGGACAUUGAACUUUUCUUGAUUUCUUCAGGACACAGCUUAGGAAUUACUACCACCUUCAUAAUUAGUAAAAGAAGCUUCAGAGGAUCAGAAGCAUGGCUGAUGAACGGAAGGAUGAAGCUAAAGCACCGCACUGGACCUCAAGUCAGCUAGCCGAAGCUUCUUCCCACUCGCAUUCCCCGGAGAUCAAGGAGCAAAGCAGUGCAAGUGAAGGGUUGGUCAGAAGUGCCAAUGGAUUUCCAUACAGAGAGGAUGAAGAUGGAGGAUAUGGGGCACGUGGGCAACAGAGCUCAUAUUCCAGAACCAAAGAGAAUGGGAUCAAUGGAGAAGUAGCAACCGGAGAGAAAGAAACUGCAGAAGAAGUAUCUGCAAGGAUAGUCCAAGUAGUAACAGCUGAAGCUGUGGCAGUUCUGAAAGGUGAACAGGAAAAAGAAGCCCAGCACAAAGAUCAGCCAGCACCAUUACCUUUAGCAGUUGAAGAAACAACUAACCUGCCUCCAUCCCCGCCCCCAUCUCCUGCUUCAGAGCAGACUGGAACAUUGGAAGAAGAAGAGGAGGACGAAGAUGAAACAGCUAAAGCUCCAGUGGCUGAGGAACCCAAACCUGCUGCCCUCCUUGAGGAGGGAUGUGAGGAAAUGAGUGGUCCUGCUGAGCCUUUGCAACAAGCUGAAGGCUUCAGGGAGGCCCAGCAGGAACCCAUUCUUGAAGAUCAAGUAACUCGCAAUGGGGAAAGUGUAAAUAUAGCUGAGGAUGCACCCUUGAAAUCCCAAUUGCCUUCCUUGGGCGAGGAAGCCUCGAAGAUGGAAAUCCAUGUCCAGGAAGGGACAGACCUUUUCGCAGCUGAGCCAUUAGGCGUGAAGGACUCAGAGAGCGGAAGUAAGACUAGUGAGCAAUCCCUACAUGAUGCCUUAGUUCUACAGCCAGCAAAAACAGAAUCUAUACAAAAAGCAGAAUCACAGGACGAAGAAGAAGAGAAGACUCCUCCUACUUUCCCUGAACAGACUUUGGAUGCCAGUCCACAAAAGCAGGAACUCAGGGGUUCUGUCAAAACAGAUUUUGAUUCUACAGGAGACUCAGAUCGACAUCAAGAGCAAAAAGAUUUGUCAACACAGUGGCACCAAGAAGACCAAGCAGAUGAAACAGCCACCACAUCCCAGAAAUUUACCAGCAAAGCAUUACCCACAGAGUCUAAAGAUAAGCAGGCUGAUCUUAAAAAAUAUGACUUUCCCUCUCCAGGAAGCAUAGGUUCUUCCUCACUGUCAGAAUUAACAAUGGACACAAGAUCCACAGUUAAAACUAUCUUUUCAUCUGAUACUCUGCCAAGUGCUCAUCAUAAAUCUGGGUCAGGAGAUAGUAACAAAAGAAUACACAUAUCAACUGCUUCAGAAAUUGCCAAAGACCUUACGAAAGAUCAUAAACAGGACAAAGAGAAAAUUAAAAAACAGGAAGAAGACUUUGCAAUAGCAAUGAUUCCUUCCUUACAACCAGUUACUGAAGAAACCAGUGUGCAGAAUGUACCUCUUUGGGAGGAAGAGAGAGAUAUGACAGAGGAUGAAAGUGAUGAAGACGGAUACUCUUCCAGUAGACAAAAGCACAGAGCAUUAGAAGGUCAAGGUUUUGUGGCUCAUGCUGACCAACCCACUAAAGGAGUCAUAGGAAAAGAAGCUGAAAAAGAGGGAAAACACAGCAUGGAGACUUUUGCUGGCAGAUUCAGUCAGGAAUUAUUCCCUGAAAAAGUUGAAGAGUCUUUAAAUAGACAUGCAUUGUCUGAAACGGAGAGCCCCUCUACUGAGCCAAGUGAUGAAACUCUGCACAGAAAAGAUUCUGGAAAGAAUGGUAAAGAUGUGGAGUUUUCUGUUGGAGAGUCUGACACUCACAAAAUGCAGAUGGAAGAGGACAAAUCAGGAAUGUCUACCUAUUUUGAGACUUCUGCCCUUAAAGAUGAAGCUGUCAAGAGUGACAUACUACUGCAUGGCAGUGAUUAUUAUGAACUGAGUGACACUAAAGAACAGACCUAUGACCCUUACCAUAAAGAUUUCCUUGUUUCUAAAAAAGAUAUUGAGGAAUAUCAGCCAGACUCAUACCAACUCCCCAGUAUACCCACUCAUGAAAUAGGAUACAGUACUCUUGCCCAGGGUUUCCCAGAAGAUGAACCCAGGGAACCCAGUUCACCUAAAGAAAGAAUAUACACCAUUGACCCCAAUGUUUAUGGGGAUAAGAGAGAACUUCACAAUAAAAAUAAAGAUGAUCUAACUCUAAGCAGGAGCUUGGGGCUUGGUGGAAGAUCUGCCAUAGAGCAGAGAAGUAUGUCAAUUAACUUACCAAUGUCCUGCUUGGACUCUAUAGCACUGGGGUUUAACUUUGGACGUACACAUGACCUUUCGCCGCUAGGUUCAGACAUUCUAGAUAAUGCCAGUGGAGAUGAAGGGGAUGACUAUUUGCCAGUCACCACCCCAGCAGUAGAAAAAACACCAACCUUCCCAACAGAGAGCAGGGAAGAAGAAGAAGUAGUAAUAGUAGAAGAAGAAAAAAUUGAAGAGACAAAAAUGAAAGAAGAGGGAGAGAUUCAAAUGGAGCCUUCGUGUGAGUCCCCCUUCCUGGCCAAAGAUUACUAUAAAAAUGGGAAUGUAAUGGCUCCUGACUUACCUGAAAUGUUAGACCUUGCUGGCACAAGGUCAAGAUUGACAUCUGUGGGCACAGAAGCUGAGGGAGGACAGAGCAAGUCCAUUCCUUCAGAGGGACUGGUAGAAGACAGCAGUGUAACCCAGCACCUUAUGAAAGAUGAAAACCACAUGACUCUGAAGGCUGACAGUCAACUGGAAGAUUUAGGUUACUGUGUUUUCAAUAAAUACACAGUACCAAUGCCAUCACCAGUCCAAGACAGUGAGAAUUUGACAGGAGAGAGCUGUCCCUUUGAUGAGAAAAUUAGAAAAGGUGUCAUUACAGAUCUCUCACUGAUAGAAGUGAAGUUGGCAGCUGCAGAGAGAUCCAAAGAAGAAAAAGAGACAUCCAGUGACUCAGUUCUUUUAGGCAAAGACUUUGAACAGGAGAGAAAAGCUAUUGAUAAACUAGACACUGUGCUAGAAAAAAGUGAGGAACCUACUGAUUCCAAAGAAGCCUAUUCUUCUGAGGAUGCUGAACACACAACAGUAAAACCUGAUUUGACUUUAGAAACUAUAGAUGAUAAAAGUCUAGCUGGAGUGGAAGAGAAAGUGUCUUUGAUAACUCAGAAAGAGGAAGAUGACAUUCAUAUCACUAAGACUGACACACCAGAAAUCUCUUGUAAACCUGACUAUAAUGCUAUAAAGCAUGAUCUGGAUACUGCUGCUCUGCAAGCUGAACAGGAAUAUCAAAGUAAGAUAGGAGUUCAUGCAGAUGAAUCUGUUCCAGAGCAAAGCACAGUGGAUCGAGACAAGAUCCCCUCUGUAUUGCCUGAAGAACCCAUUGUAUGUGCAAAAUUAGAGCCAUGUCCUAUUAAGGAUGCUACCAAACUGUCUGAAAUCGAAUUUAAAGAAAAAGGGGCUAAGCCUGAUCUUGUGCAUCAAGAAGCAGUAGAUAAGGAAGAAUCGUAUGAAUCAAGUGGAGAUAAUGACCAAGCCCAAGAGGGUUUAUCUGGAGAUACUUCAAAGCCAUAUGUUGGCAAAAUAGAACCAGAAAGUCCAUCUCUCUCAGAAGAAGAGACUGUGUCACAAGUGCUAGUAGAACAACAAGUUGUAGAAACAGAGGUAUCAAAAGCUACUCUAGAAGAAGCGGCUGAAAUUCAAAUGGAGAACAUACCACAGUCUAAAACAGAUCAAGUGGAGUCUCUGGAGUUAGUAGACUCUAUGAAAACUGAAGAUCAUCAUUUAGAAUAUGCCAAAAAAGAUGUAGAAAAAGAACAACAGAAAGAGAUCAAACAACAAGAAGAACAUAAAGAAGUUAAGCAAGCAGAAGAGGUCAAGGAAGACAUUAAAGAAGCCGAAGAACAUGAGGAGACUAAGAUAACAGUGAAACAGGAUGAACUGAGUAAAUUGGAAGAAAAACAUGAGAAACAAGAUAAGCAAGAAGGAGAACAGGAAAAUAUUAGACAAGAGGAAAAGAUUAAACAAGAACAAGAGGAAGAGAGUAAACCAGAACAAGAAGAGAGUAAGCAACCAUACACAGAAGGAGACUUGGAAAAACAUGAUGAAGAAGAAGCAGAGGUCUGUCAAGCUAUCCCUGGGGAAGUGCCUGAACUCAAAGGAGUAGUAGAAUCUGUUGUUACAAUUGAGGAUGACUUCAUCACAAUAGUCCAGACAACAGUAGAUGAGGGAGAUGCCAGCUCCCAUAGUGUACGGUUUGCUGAAACCCAAGAGGCUGAUGUUGUAGAGGAAGGCAUCCAUCCUGAAGGGGAGGUGGACAUGGAGGUGGUUGCUGACAUUGAAGAAGAGAAAAAAGAAACAUCUUUAGAAGCUCCUUGUUCUCCUGAGAGGGAAGAAGUCCCCUUAACUGAUUAUAAAACAGAGACAUAUGAUGAUUAUAAGGACGAAACAACCAUUGAUGACUCGAUCCUCGACACUGACAGCAUAUGGGUGGAUACUCAAGAUGAUGAUAGGAGCAUCAUGACAGAACAGUUAGAGACUGUUCCUAAAGAGGAGAAGGCAGAGAGAGAAUUGCGGAGACCGUCUCUCGAUAAGCAUAAAAAAGAGAAAGCCUUAAAAACUGGGAGAGGCAGGAUGUCUACUCCUGAAAGAAAAAUAGCUAAAAAGGAACCUAGCACAGUCUCCAGAGAUGAAGUGAGAAGGAAAAAAGCUGUAUAUAAGAAAGCUGAACUUGCUAAAAAAGCUGAAGUUCAGGCUCACUCUCCCUCCAGGAAAAUCAUUUUAAAACCUGCUAUCAAACACACUAGACCAACUCAUCACUCCUGUGUUAAGCGGAAGCAGACAGCCGCUGCUGGUGAAACAAAUCAAACUCCUGGGAUGUUUAAGCAAGCAAAGGAAAAACUUUCAACGUCUUCUUUGUCAAAGAUUCCUGCCUCAAAAGUUAGAGCAAAGUCAUUGCUUCCUCCAAGACCCAGCUCAGCUUGCUCAUUAAUUACUACUAAAAAAGCUGCUUUGCUUGAUACAGACAAUUACAUUACGCGGCCCUCUUCAGCGGGCCCAAGAGACUGCUUGCCAUAUUCAAAAACAGAUGCUCAGGAUGGAAUACUCAAGAGUCCUGAAAAGCGUUCCUCUUUACCAAGACCUUCUUCUAUUCUUCCCACCCGGAGAGGCAUAUCAGCAGACAGAGAACGGGAUGAGAACUCUUUCUCCCUGAACAGCAGUAUUUCAUCAGUACGACGGACCACCAGAUCAGAGCCUAUUAGAAGCCGGACAGGAAAGAGUGGCACAUCAACCCCAACUACUCCAGGAUCCACUGCCAUCACUCCUGGCACACCGCCUAGCUAUUCCUCCCGUACUCCAGGCACUCCUGGCACCCCUAGCUAUUCUAGAACCCCUCAUACUCCGGGUACCCCCAGAUCUGCUAUUCUGGUCCCCACUGAGAAGAAAGUCGCUAUCAUCCGCACGCCUCCAAAAUCGCCAGGCACCCCUAAGCAACUACGACUCAUCAACCAGCCGCUGCCUGAUCUCAAGAAUGUCAGGUCCAAAAUCGGGUCGACAGACAAUAUCAAAUAUCAACCUAAAGGAGGACAGGUUAGGAUUUUAAGCAAGAAGAUUGAUUUUAGCGAUGUUCAAUCCAGAUGUGGUUCCAAGGAUAACCUCACACAUGCAGCAGGGGGAGGAAAUAUUCAGAUUGUAACCAAGAAGAUAGACCUGAGCCAUGUGACUUCCAAAUGUGGUUCACUGAAGAAUAUCCGCCAUAGGCCAGGUGGGGGACGAGUGAAAAUCGAGAGUGUGAAACUGGAUUUUAAAGAAAAGGCCCAUGCCAAGGUUGGUUCGCUUGAAAAUGCUCACCAUGUACCUGGAGGAGGUCACAUCAAGCCUCCUUUCUUUACACAGAUUGACAGCCAGAAGCUGAAUUUCCGAGAGCAUGCUAAGGCACGUGUGGACCAUGGAGCAGAGAUCAUCACGCAGUCCCCAGGUCGAUCCAGUGUGGCUUCUCCACGGAGGCUCAGCAAUGUCUCCUCCUCUGGCAGCAUCAACCUGCUUGAAUCUCCUCAGCUUGCUACCCUCGCUGAAGAUGUCACUGCGGCCCUAGCUAAACAGGGCUUAUGAAUUUGCUUCAUUUUGCAGUGUUUGAAGUAAUAAUAUUUAGGCAUGAGCUCUUGCCAGGAAUGGGCUCUGAGCAGGUGUUAACAUUCAUUCUUUACCAUGUCUAAAAUUAAGUCUCAUCCCAAGACUGUAGUAACCGUAAAAUAAAAUAAAACCUGGGGAAAAGAUAUUUAUAGAAGCAGAAAUUGGCCUGAUUUCCAUUUUCAGCAGGAAGACACUGGCUUUAAUGUGGGUACAAUUGCAGUAUAUUACAUUGGACAAUUAUUGUUGCUCUGCUCUGUCUUGCAUGGAGUACUGUACUAUGAUACAAUGCAUUUUUACCUUUCAUGUGCCUGAAGGCCAUCCACCACUUUUUGAAGAGCCUUGUUAAAUACCUUCAGUUGCUCAUUUUACUCGUUGGUUGAUGGAUGGAAUUAAGGAACAUCUCCCCUUGUAAUCUAUUAACAGGUUAAAUUAAACUGGAGAGUCUUGAUUCCCAGACAGAAAGGCCACUAAAGAAGUCCCAGCUUCAAGAGGGUACGCACGGGUGGGGUUAUUUUAUAUAAAUGUGUAGAGGAAAGACUCAAUUAAGUUAUUAAUGUCAUUGAACUUGGAUAAUUAUGUCAGUGUAUAGCUGAUUCCAAUAAAUUAUUUAACUAAUAGUUAAAAGAAAGUAGUUUGAGGGAAAUCAUAUGAACUGAAGUGCGGGGAAAUCGUAUGAACUGUAUUGGGGAACUGACUUUUUUUUUCUUUUUUAAAAAGCAGCUAUUGAAACUAAGCAAUGGAACUGUGUCUGAUUGGAAUGUUGGUUAAGCAGCUAGGUUUGUGUCUACACUACUGGUUUCACAUCCUUUCCAUCUGUUUGAUACAGUAUUAUUAUAGAUAUAUAUUUCUCUGUGGCCAUUUGUGAUACGCCCUCUCAUACUUGAAUAUUCUACUUCUUUAUUCACAGUAUCUGUGUUUCUUGCACCCUUUGGUGUUGCAAUUUUAGGUAUGUAAAAGUAGAUGUUAGCAGGGUUUUUAUUUCCCUAGUCAGACUUUUAAAAAAAUUAAAAGACAAAGAUCUUUUAGCAUGAAAUUGCUUUCUGUAACAUCUCAAAACUGUGACCCUGUUUUAGUGCCAGAUGCAAGUCUCUUCUGUGAUACUAGAAAAAUUCUUCCUUUCUCCCGUUUCUCAUUCACCUCUCCCCGCUAUGACCGACUUUAUGGUGUCCAGGUAUUUGUAAACAAUGAUCUCCAGAAGGAUGGUUUUGGGGUACAGAUAUUGAAAAAAAAAAUCAAAUGUUGAAAUAAUGGCUUUGUUCUGGCUUUUAAAGAAAAAAUCCUGUUGUAGGAAUGAAGCUUAAAGAUUUUUAAAAAUAAAAAUUCUUUUGCUAAAGUUGAAAUUCCAACAAACAAGGGGGAGUUUUGACAGAAGUUUUCCAUUCUGUUCUUUUCACGGCAUCUUUGCCUAGCUGUAUUUAGAUGCCUCGUAUAGAAAACUGGAGAGAUGCAUGCAUAACAUAUGCUGAUUGCUGGUAACAUAAUUAAAUAAGCUCCCUAUAUAGCAUCACUGAAGUGAUGGAAGUGAUAAAUAGAUCUGCAGACAGACUAUGUCAAAUAUAAAAAGUAUACGAAAAGUGUGUAUAAUAAGAAAAACACCCAGGGACACUGAAAUAAUAAAAAACUGGAGUCUAUGGGAUUUCUACCACUACCUACUUGGACAUUUUAAGAAGAAGAUGGUAUGGUAAUAUGACAUAUAAGUGGACACUUGUCUACUCAUGAUAUAUACACUAGCUUUGGCUAGAUGAUAAUUAAAUUUCAACCUGCAGAUUGAUUGCUCUUUUCCUUAGGAAAUCACCUACAUUAUGUUUGCAUGAUCUCAAGCUGAGCUGUACAUGAAUGGCUCAUUAGGAUGUCUAUGUGUGCAGGAAGCUAUUUCAAAAGGGCUAGCUCUUAAGCAUCUUUAUUUAACUUUGUUAUUUCUAAGAUUGAGGCUUAAACGCAUUUUAAAGAACAAACACACCACCCAAGAGUCUUUUUGACACCAUAAGUCUUUUUGACACCAAAUUUAUCAUGGAAGAAAGCUUUCCUUAGAUGUACAGAUCGGAUUGCUAUUGUUGUUCGUAUUAGAAGGACAUUUCUGACUCUGAGGAGUAUUCCAGAAUUCUUCCACAAAGGUAUGCAAUUCUGUACAUUUUAAAAUCAGAACCUAAUUUCAAAAAUAGUUUCCAAAGUGCUAUAGGCUGUCCCUUGUAAAUGGAUAGGAACAAGUAAAAUUUCAAUAGAGUGAGUUGUAGAACUUCUUCAAGGAUCUGGGGAUGAACUAGUCUCAACAUUCUGACACAUUACAUCUUAAAAGCCGUUGCAUAUUAUAAGAUGCCUUGUAAAGUCUAUAAUGCAGUCGUAUAGUUAAGAAAAAAGCUAGUUUAGAAUUUAAAGUGCGUCAGGAGGAUUUUUCUACCCUGUGAUUGCUGUGAUGUUACUUAGAAUAAUCAUACAAUAUACAAACACACACACACAUCUAUAUAUUAAAAAGAACCCUGUUGGGUCAGCCCAAAGGUCCAUGUCACAGAACUCCUUGUUUCAGGAAAAACAAAAUGCAAAAGAGUCUGAUUUUUAGUGCCAUAUAGUCACUUGGACUCUAUGCUGUUGGUUUUGCAGGUUAGCCUCUCAAUGUUUUUAUGUCUCUCCCCCCAUUCUUAGAGCAAGAUAGUGCCCAAGGUACUACUGAACCUCAUGUGGGCUGGUGCUGAGUGUCAGCCAGUCAGGACAGUGUAAUCUGUGACUAUUUUGUAUUCUGCUUUUUUGGGAUAUAUACACAUUCUAGGUGGUGAAGUUAUUUAUUGAGUAUACAUGUCCAAAGCUGCCAAGUCAUUAAUUCCAUGCUGCAAAUUUAUAUUUCCCAUCUGAAAGCUCAGUCCUUGUGAUCGAUAAUCGUCCUUCCAUAGAACAAAUUGCAGAACUGGAUGAAGUCACGCAAGUUGAAGAGCCAGCAAGAGGCCCAGGCUCUGAUAUAAGAAAUGUACACUCUAUGUUACAGGACUCUAGAUUUUGACUGGGGUGGGAGUGGGGAGUGGGAAUGGACAUUGUAUAUCAGGAAAGCAUUAAACAAUAUUAAUUUCUUGAGUGUAGGUUUAAUGUAAAAGCUAAGUGAAAUGAUUCAAUCAGAAGAUCUCACAUGGAUGCCCUGCUGAACUCAAUGUGAUCCAGACAAGAGCAUUAGUGUAAACCAGGAGUCCUCAAACUUUUAAAAUAGAGGGCCAGGUCACGGUCCCUCAAACUGUUGGAGGGCCGGAUUAUAAUUUGAAAAAAAACAUGAAUUCUUAUGCACAUGGCACAUGUCUUAUUUGUAGUGCAAAACACACUUAAAAACAAUACAAUAAUUAAAAUGAAGAACAAUUUUAACAAAUAUAAACUUAUUAGUAUUUCAAUGGGAAGUGUGGACCUUCUUUUGGCUGAUGCGAUAGGAUUAUUAUUAUUAUUAUUAUUAUUAUCUUUAUUUGUACCCCGCUAGCAUCUCCCGAAGGACGCGAUGCGGCUUACAAAAGCCAAGGCCUCAAUAAAACAUAGCAUAACAAAUACACAACUUAAAGCAAAUCAAAAACAAUUAAAGCAAUAUCAACAACAAAACAAUAAAAACAAUAUACCAAAACACAAUAAAACUAGGGCUGGGCCAAAUGUAAUGGGUACAGGUUAAAAGUGCUGAUGUGACAGGUGGUAUAUCGGAUUUUAGGGUAAGUGCAGUGUGCAGGCAAUCUCUACUCUAAUAAAGUGUUUUUGGGACAUGUUGCUGGAGUUUCCUAUUCUGGGAAGGCACAUUGGAACAGGCAGGUCUUCAAGUUCUUCCUAAAGACUGCCAACGUUGAUUAUUGUUGUUGUGUGCUUUCAAGUCAUUUCAGACUUAGGAUGAACCUGAGCCGAGGGCCAGGUAAAUGACCUUGGAGGGCCGCAUCCGGCCCCCGGGCCUUAGUUUGAGGACCCCUGGUGUAAACUAAUUGACAGAAAGUAUUCUUUGUAUACUUUGCCCAUUUAAAGAAAGCUAAGGAUGAUGCUUUUGUCAGGCCGCCCUGAGUCCCCCUUCAGGGGUGAGAAGGGCAGGAUAUAAAUAUAGGAAAUAAAUAAAUAAAAUAAGGAUAAGGCAAAAUUUACUUAGUUGACAUUUUAAUACAUCACCUAGUUUUGCACUUUUGAACCAAUGCUCAAAUAAAAAAAAAAGAAUUCAAUUCACAUUUCAUCUUGCACUUGUUGAGACAAAAAUGCAUGCAAUGUUUAUCAGAUGUAAAGAUGACCCAGACGUAAGACUAGGGAAGAUUUUAAGUUUAACAUCAACUUUGGAUAGGCAGAAUGCGAAAUGGAAAGAGAAAAUUGUGACCACUUCUUACAUCUUUGCCAAUAUUAUUGAAUUCUGGAACAGCAGCUAUUUUCUAAGUUUAAGUAAAAUUAACUAAGGUGCACGUAGAUGAAUAAAAAUAGCCCGGUGCAAAUGUUUCAGUCAAAAAUAAAUUGAACCCCUUUGGAAGAUAGGGCUUCUCUAUUUUUCUCUCUUUAUGUAGAUUUACUUCUGUGCAAUUCUAGGCAUGAGGGAACUAAAUAAAAGAUUGACUUUUAUUCACCAGCAGUAGUCCAAAAUGUAAAUUAUGUGAUAUUCCCCAUUCCCUGGGACAUCAUGCAUAGAUAGUUAGGCAUUAGAAACCUCUUCCCUUUAAGGUUACUUGCAAAUAUCUAUGUCUGCCUAAUCUGUGUGGGCUAUCAUGUCAUGUAAGCAGGCAAGGGACUUUUCUGUGAUUCCCUUCCAAGUACACAUUGCCUUAGAGAUGCUAAAUUAAGCAGCAGAUCAGAUGUCCAGCCUAAAACAGGCCAGAAAUUUCAGGCUGUCAUUCUUGAAUUGCAAGGCUGAAUACACUCUAAGCAUCAUGGCUUUGCUGCUCUACUAGAACUGGAAAAACAGGGAUGAUGUUGAGCCCCAAGAAGAGCGACAUGUUUACAGAAUCAGUUCAAUUGGGUCACAACUUAUACAGGGUUAAUGUGGGUUGUGUUAGAUUUUGUUCAUUGCUGGUAGAGUAAUCAAGCACAUUCCUGUAAAUUUCCCAAAUAAAUAGCAUAACUAUUUAAUGCUCUGGUUAGGACAGGGCUGGCAGCCAUUUCAACUUUAGCAAAGAAAAUUAAAACAUCUUCUGUGCACUGGGAUUUUUUCCCCCUUUUCCUCUUUCCUUUUCCUCUGAGAAACACGUUAGGCCAUAACAACGCCUGUGGGGUUAUUUCUUUUCCUGAUAAUUCUAGAGCCUGUUACCAUAAAAAGAGGCAUUUCUUGAAUGGCUGGUGGUAGGUAGUUCAUGUUUUUCAAUCCAACUUGCAAUUGUAUUUGUUGCUGUAUAGUGAUUGUUUUGCAAAAUAAAAACGCUUGUCAUCAAA